GGAUGCAGGCACUCCCUGGGGUGCUGCUACGUCCCAGCACUUGUCCCACUUGUGUCCCUCUGAGGCCCAUCCACCCCUUACAGCGCAGCCGAGGCCGGGGUAGCCGCGUUUCGGCAGCACGGCCGCCGCAGCCCCGGUACCAGCACGCUGCCUUCGUCCCGGAGCUCACGUUCAGCGGAGCCAAAUCCCCCGGGAGCAGCGGGGGGGAGGACGCUCUCAUUAUCCGGCUCUUGCCGUGUCGGAGGCAGCUGGACGGGCCGUGCAUUAAUAGAUUACACAGAGGAUUUGGGCUUGCUGACAGCGAGGGCAGCGCUAGCGGGAGGCGAGGCCAGCGCAGCUUGCCGAGCCGGCGGGGACGGACGCAGCCCCCGCUCCUGCUAACACCUUUUCCAGCCAAGCCCCCGCCACUGCCGCGCCGAGCCCCCGCCGAGUCCGGGUGCCAUGGACGAGUGGGACCUGCCGCAGUGGAAGAAGGAGGUGGAGAGCCUCAAGUACCAGCUGGCCUACAAGCGGGAGAUGUCCUCCAAGACGAUACCCGAGUUCGUGAAGUGGAUCGAGGACGGCAUCCCAGAAGAUCCCUUCCUGAACCCCGAGCUGAUGAAGAACAACCCCUGGGUGGAGAAGGGCAAGUGCAGCAUCCUCUGAGGGCCGCGGGCCGGCAGCAGCUCGGGCCUGCUGGGCUCCCGGCCUAGCGGUGAAUGUACACUUUUUUAUUAGGUAGCUUCCCAAUACGACUAACUGAAAAAGCCUA